CCAGUCAUCACGUUGCCAAGGUGGCGUGGGCACCACAUAAUUCUCCACUUUAAAAAAAAGAAAAAAGAAGGAAGAAACCUGACGGGCAAAACUGCCAACUUUGUUGCUGAUUUGUUUUUUGUUUUUUUUUUGUUUUGUUUUUUUUCAAAAAUUUGUUGUUGACCGUGCCCACCGUAAUGGCCAACUUGGCUAUUGGCAUAGCAGUUCGGUGCGUCACUUGGUUCCUGUCUUCUAUAGUGACGAUUCUUCUUGUACCAUUCCUUGUUGUGUUCUGGCCGUGGAGUCUCGUCACCGACUACACCAGCACAGUUAAAAAGAAGAAAACUACAAGCAGUAAAGGAUGGUUGACCUCUCGAGGAUUAGGCAACAGCCAUUUCGUUCAGUUAAAGGACGUGAGCAUCCAUUACAUUGAGGCUGGCAACCCGUCACGACCGCUGAUGCUCUGUCUGCACGGCUUCCCUGAAUUUUGGUAUUCAUGGAGACAUCAGCUCAAAGAGUUUGCGUCCACUCAUCGCGUAGUCGCGGUCGACUUGAGAGGCUACGGUGACUCGGACAAACCUAACGGUCGCGACGCCUACAAGAUGGACAGGCUAGUGGACGACGUUCGCCAAAUCAUCGAUGUACUCGGUAAGGGCAAGUGUGACGUGCUACUAGCUCACGACUGGGGUGCCGGAAUUGGUUGGGAAGUCGUUAUCCGCCAUCCGCAAUUGGUCCGUCGUUUCGUGCCGAUGAAUUGCCCCCAUCCGGCCGCCUUUAUCUCCGUCAUUUCUAGCGAAUUCACGCAGAUUUUCAAGUCGUGGUACAUGGUAUUCUUCCAAUUGCCCGUCGUGCCAGAACUACUGCUCACAGCGUUCCGUGCUUCCCUUUUCCGUUGGUUGUUCCAGCGUCCAGGGCUGAUAGAGGAAGACGCCAAGGCCUAUCUGUAUCUCUAUCGACGUCGAAACGAUUUAACCGGUCCGAUCAACUAUUACCGGAGCAUGAUCGAUCCCGAUACGAUGGGCCAAGAAGGUAUUGUGGUCAAAGUGCCGACGUUGCUUAUCUGGGGCGGCGAGGAUCGUUUCCUUAACAUCUCCAUGGCUCAUCAAUCAGCCAAAUGGGCGGAGAACUUCACUCUUGGCCUGAUUCCCGAAGCGUCACAUUGGGUACAACAAGACGCUCCGCAUAACGUCAAUCGAAAGAUUCGUGAAUUCUUGGGAAAAGUUUGAUUGAUUUUUAAAGUCAUUUC